CGUCAUCAAGAUGGCGAUAGUAUGGUUCCUGGCGCCCUUUCCGAAGGGCGAGAACAUUUGCACUUUCAAAGGUAGUUGUUUUUCUUUUUUUCUUUGACGUUUCCUCACUUUUGAACUUACUAUUUAUUCUCUAACAGCAUUUUAGCGGACAUCUUUACUUAAAGAUCACGACUUCGACGUUUAAUAAUUUUAGUGGUCUUUUGCUUUGUAGAAGAACGCACAAAAUGACGAGUUUAAUACUAGCGAAAUUACUGACGUAUGUAACCUUACAUCUACGAAGACAAAUAACGAAAAAAUCAUUUCUUAACAGAGUUUUGGCCAAUUUACAUGAGAUUCAAGCGAAUAUAAAACAGUAAAUAGGGAGCUUAGCUUGCCACAAGUCGACCUCACGAGUUUCUAAGCGAGCUUUUUAGGACGCGAAGCGACUAAGCGAGCGACGAAGUCGUGAGAGGUCGACUUGUCUAGCUGGAAGGGUGUUGCAGGUCAAAAUUAUAAUCAGGUCAAAAUCUUUCAACCUAGAUUGAUUAUCAAUUUCGUUUGUCUCCUGGCCUUUGUUAAUGAAUGAUUAUGCAUCAGUCAACUCCCUCCCCCCGGGCUACUGCGGGGCAUUUGCCCGCCUUGUCAGUCCCGGGGGUGGGGCAUUUGCAAAUUUUGCGCGGCCCGGGGGCCGGGCAUUUGCCAACCCCGGGGUUAUUCCCGAGCUUUUGACAUGUCCGCGGUUUCCUAUCAGAAUAUAACUACACAGAGGACAUUACGGAAAAAAAGCAGAUUGGCUUAUCUGUCAGGGACAGGGGGUUGUAAAGGCAUGUUCUCGAUUUUAUGCAUGCAUUUCUUCAUUGCUUAUCACGCCAGAAUUACAUAGCAAAACUCGGAAGCUAUCGACGUGAAUCAAAUUUCUGUUGAUAUUAUUUAAAGAACAUCCUUUUGUAUUCAUAUCCUAUUCAUAACAUAUAACUUUACAGCACUCUAUUAAUUUUAAUGUCAAUAAUUUUAUAUCAAUACUAAAGCCAUAAACUGGUGCAUGUCUUUCCGGCCUGAAGUCUUAAUUAGAAUCCUAGUGCUAUUACAAAGGAAGACGUUACUUGAAACAAAAAAUCGCACUUAAAAUGUUUAAAACGGCACUAUUCGACUUUGCAAUCAAUGAGAAAUGUUGCAGUGUUGACGGAGGACGGGGCAUUUGCCCUAUUUUUUCAUCCCCACCCCGGGGGAUUUGACAGCUCAAGAGUCCCCAUGCCCGGGAAUUUCCCCCCUAAUGCCCAGGGGUCAGCCCAGGGGGGCUGGGCGCAUCUGGAAUUGAUUGAUGCAUCAGGGCUAGGAGACAGAGGAAAUAGGUUAAAAAAUGUGUUGGUAAUCGUUGAGGAUUGCCUCAGGACUUCCAAACACUAGUUUCUCUUUCUGGUUUAAAAUAUUCUCUAGCUGUUCUUCUGAGCAAUCGUCUCCCAUGUACAAUGCUCUAAUGCCAUGGGAAUUGAGGAUUGAGACCUGUUCUUUCAUAAGAGAAAUCAGCAGAACAAUCACCAACAUGAUGGCAUAGCAAUCCUUGCCAAAUAAAUGAUUGAAAGCGUAUGGAGCCAGCUCAAAAGUCAGACUUUUCCCAGCUCCACGACCAGUUGGAGCAGACACAAAAACAACUCUCUGCAACAGAUAUGCUUUGAUUGUUUUCCUCUGACAGUCACACAGUUCAGAAAACCCCAUGGCUUCGAGAGCAUCUUUUAUUGCUUUUGCAAUCAACCCCAUGGUGGAAUUUCAACCACAAGUCAUGAUACAGUGUGUCACUCACAAGUAAUUAUUACUUGUGAGUGACAACUUUAACCCUUGUUGUCCUAAAGAGCUACUCUGAUUGGUCAAAGCAUGUGCGACCCAAUGCCAAUCAAGUUUGAAAAAUCCUUUGUCUCGCAUCAUAUUAAAUCGGACAAAGGACUUUUUUGAAAGUCUACAAAGAUGGCAAAGGCAGCGAAAAGGUUGAAUAAAAAGUGGAUUUAUGUUUUUUGAAUCUGGCUGCAUUGCGAUUAUUCCAAAUCACUUACUUUGUAAAUUGUAAGCGAGCUCCCCUGGAGUUCAAACAGAGAAAGAGAAUAUUGUCACCACUUGUUCAUCUCCUCCAUAAAUCUUUAAUUAAUUAGGAAGUUUCAUGAGAUAGUUGUGCAGGGAUGGCAAGGAGAUGUACCGAAAAAAACUUGCAGAAGUGUUGUUAUGAUUAUAGGUGCAGUUACACUGGCUGUUUUACCCGUGGGCAAAGAACAAAUAUAAUCCUAUGAUAGUUCCCAAAGUAAGUUCUGUUGGUUAAUAACAACCCAAAGCGGCUCAUGCAAUCAUCAGAAAGUGAAAUGUACCAAACUGUAAAAAUCAGGUGUUGUAUAAUUGUGUGCUGUGUUUGCCUUGGUGCCAAAUCCUAGGUAAAACUGGACUCAGAGUUUGAAAACUCUGGUAGGAUUUUGAUUGCUGUUGUGAAUGUUUUCAGGUUUUUACAUUUAAUAAUGUCAAAAGCACUGAGAAACACUCACACAUUUUCUUUACCUCACUCUUCAAGAAUUCUUUCCUAAUGAAGUUGUUGCAACCAUGUUUGUAAACCCGUACUUUUGACUUUUGAGCGAGAUUUCCUUUUCUUUUAAGCCCGAAUGAAGUCAACGUCUUUGUUUUAGUCUCAAAAUUAAGGGCUGAAUCACAACAACAGUUCAGUUUUAUUCAAGAGAGGCGAGUAGUGUGUCUGAACUAUAUCUAAAAAUCCUUUCAAAACUGUGUUUUCCUUGUGAAUGUCUUUUUUUCCAGCCUUCUUCGUUCAUUGUGAUAUUAAAUGGCGAAUACUAUAUGAACACACCUAUAAACAAGACUUUCACCUAAAGGUUUCUUUUUACAACUUGAACUUGUCCGUUCCAUUAGCGGCCAGAAAAAAAAUGUUUAUAAACUUAAGCAUGUGUAUUUUUAAUCUGAAAGCGGGAGCCCAUACAUCACUCUUCUCAAGACUUGAAAACGUGCAUCCUAAGUGACCGGAAAUGCUCGAUGUCACAAAUCAGACAGUCAUAAGGUCAAACUAGACAGAAAAACAAUAAAUAAGCAACCUCACCUGAGAUGUAGCUCCUAGAAUGCAGUAAAUAUUGUCAGAAAUGUACUUUGCUGUAAAAGUCUGCAUGAACUUUUAAAAAAUGCAGUCAUGUGUGAAUCCUGUUUACGCGACACUUUCUUUAAUCACCAAUAAACAAACAAUUUCAUGUUGUGGCAGUAUUGAAAGAACACAAAAAGUUCAAAACUUAAAAUUACACAGAGUUUCAUUUGUUAGUAAACAAGCUUCAAGAGCCGCAGAAGUUUUUAAGCAUGAAUUCACCUGUCAAGACUUUGAAUAAUCUGAGACUUACCUAGAUGGGUCCUGGAGCGUAAACAAAAGCGUGACCAAGCUAAAACAAACGCUAAAAAAAAAAAAUUUUUUUAAACUGUUUGUCAUAAGUCAAACAAAAGAAAGUUAAAGAAUUUUUACUGAAGCAACUCCAUUGCUACCCUGCGAGCAGCGGCUACAUUUUCGCGGUAUGAGAUGGCGUGCGAAAAGUAGCCUCUGCCGACAACCGUUCAAAUCCUUGCAGAAAUCUGGACGAAUAAAUUAAAAAAUCGGGUUUUUACCUGUUCUUGACCGGUCUAGAGCAUUGCGCGAGUCUUGCGUCAGCGAAUGAACGCUGACCAUUAUUACGCCUUCAUGCAUCCCUUCCCGCCAAAUUCUCGCAUGCGAACGCGGCUCAAGCAUAGCAAAGGAAAAAGUUCAAAACCAUUUCAAAAAUCCCUGUUUAUGUAUUUAGAGGAGCGUCGUCAACUUGAGAAAGCUCUGUAUUUUAAAGCUGUUGGAAUACCAAAUCAAACUUGCUACCGGUGCUUCUUACGGGACAGGGUAAAGAUCGUUAAUUUAUCAGAUGGUAGUUCUUGUUUGCCAGGAAAAGAAAAUGGAUACUGGGGUGAUUUUAUGUGUCGCCUCUCAAUGCAAGGCUAAAUGCUCUGUUUUAAGACACAGACGGGAACCGGAGAGUUCAAAAGAAUCAUCGAUAAGUUUUCUUUUAGUGGAAAAAGAAGAAAAGCAGCUUUUAGCUGAACAACGAUUCGCCCUCAAGGACUUCAAACUGGUUGGUUAAUCUUCACUGUUGAACGCUUGUCCUGUUCUGAAAAGAAGCCAAAGCGGCAACGUUUUUAAAGAUCUUCAGGUACAAUUUGCACAUUAAUGGUCAAGGAAAUUCCCUUUUUAAAUGGAAAUUUAAGUGUAUAUAGUUGUGUUAUAGAUGUUUUAUACGAUUUGAGACGGAUUUUGGCGUUGACAUUUGAUGUCUUCUUCCGCUUUUACUUGCGUGAAAGGAUCCACAACCCAGUUAGUGUUACCCGAAUUGCUUUUGAGGAUAAAAUUAUGGGUUUUCGAAUAAAAUGUUUCGAUAAAUAAUUUCUCUGACUAUUGUUUUGUCUAUGUUCAUUCAUAACAUUAGUUGAAAACGCAAUCGUGAGACUGCAGCAUCCAAUUUAUUUCACGCAUCACUUCUGCGUAGGGUUGUCGGCGAAUUUAAUUUUUUACUUUGAGCAAAACUAUGUUUUACUGGCAAAGCUUGUUAUAGAUUAAAAAUAAGAAAAUUUUCGAAAGCUCAUUUGCACCUUCAGUUAACUGCUUAAAUGAUCAUGAAACUACCGUUUUUUGAAAUGAAAACUUCCUAAAAACGCACCAGUGGAAUUAAUAAUAGUAAUUAGUUAAUAGUCGUUUAUGGGUUAAACCAGCGCUCCAUAAAACGAUUCAGAACAUUUUCCCAGCUUUUUAUAUAAUAGCAUCAACGCGUCUGUAGCAGUUUUUACAGGGGCGUUAAGAUGGUUUAACUCUAGCCAAGAGAUCAUAAUAUGAUCUCUUGCUCUGGCUUAAAAACUUCUUUAACAUGAGUGUAUUACCUGUACCAAUAAGCCGGAAAAAAAAACUGCCGUUUGGAGUUAAAUGUGCUCCCCUCAAAUCAGACAGGACUUGCUACAGGUGGUAGCGUAAUGCUUUCUCAAAAGACGAUCCGAGGAAAUUUUGCGGACCAAAAUACUUAAAACCAGACGUGCACAGCAGAAAAACAAAACAAAAGCUCGAGGAGAUUUUUUCGCAAGUAGUUUUCGCCAUUUUGAUUCCCGCGAAACUCACGCAGAUUUGACGAAUCAGUUGCUUGCGAAUCGCCUGACGAAUUUUGCGCAUGCACGAUAGAAAAUUGAACGGUUGUCGGCAGAGGCUACUUUUCGCUCGCCAUCUCAUACCGCGAAAAUGUAGCCUCUGCUCGCAGGGCAGCAUAGAGUUGUUUCAGUAAAAAAUCUUUAAGUUUCUUUUGUUUGACUUAUGACAAAUAAUUAUAAAAAAAUAUAUUUUUUUAGCCUUUGUUUUAGCUUGGUCACGCUUUUGUUUACGCUUCAUGACCAAUCUAGGUAAGUCUAAGAUUAUUCAAAGUCAGGGUACUCCAUUGCAUGCCUCUAGGUGAACUGGUUAACAUUUCCCCAAGAAACAAGCAAGCUACAUGUCUCGGACUCUGCUGUCCCCUCCCUUGCAGAGUCUCCACUGCGCCGCCCUGACAGUUUCUCGAGCGAGUAGGCGGGGGUAUGCUGAUGUCAUUUCCAAAUUUUCAUGCUUCAAUAGAUGUCCAGUUUCCAUAGGAAUGAAGGCUCCGCUGCUAAACCUAUUGCUUUUUUGACAUUCUUCUUGCCAUCACCGUUGUCUUAACUCGAAAAAAAAAAUAAAAAAGAUUCAUAACUUUCUUAUUUUACCUAUCCCAACUGGGAUAUUCAUUUUUUGUGGAUAUAACACUCUCCUACUUUGUAAACUUUUUUAUGCUUCUUUGGUCUUUGUCUUCGUCCAUACGUCAUUAAUUUUGAAGGCGUAUUUAAUAGUCAUUUUCCGUGACUGUGCAAACUUGAGAGUGCCAGGAUUUUUCAUUGAACACUCACUAUUAUUUGAGAUGUGUGUAAUUUUUACAGUAACAACCCGUGUGUAAGAACCAACAUAUUUUGAAGUUUGGUAAAAAUGUUCUUGUAUUGUGGGGUAGUUUUUGGUAAUUUAGCCAAAGUAGGUUCUUAAUGGCGGAGCUCUACGCGCGCGUGAAGCGCGCGUGGGUGGAGCCUCAUAGCUAAGUAAGUCUACCCAUCCCAGAAAAGUUGGUAAUCACGUGUUCGUACACUUACCGAACGAACGUCCGUCCACACCUCAGGGAAACCAUUGUUUACUGUCACACUUUCUAGCUAGUUUGGGAGCCCGGGAGAAAACUGAUUGCACGACAAUGUUGUGAUCAGUUGACUGCUGUCAAAACAGGGUAUCCGCUAACCAGUAUCACCUGACCGUAUCACGGGCUCAGGUGUCGACCCAUCAAGGUCGAGUAUUUUUGAAGUUAUCUGCUGACAAGUUACUAGUUUUCGAAUGAUCGCAGGCUCAAGUUUAUUUUUUUAAUUCAUAUGAAAUAUGUUGUGUUACAGUAAUGUCACAAUGGCCCCGCACUAUUAAGAUUUUGAUUUCAAACUGACCUCGGACGCGAAAAUUCGGCCAGUUAUCUAAAAAUACAGGCGGGGAAGACUUUUUCUUACCAUGGUCACACGUUGGUCAUGCUCUACGUCCAAUUUUGUUGCUCUGGUUGGUCAAAAUUGGACAGGUGAGUUCAUGCGGAAAAUUUAUGCAGCAUCUUGAAACUUGUUUUCUUUGACAGCUGAAGCUGACAGUGUUUUGUGUCAACUUGUGAUGUUUUUAACUGUCUUUUUCCACUGGAUGUACAAAAUGAAAUACAGCUGCUAUCAAGAGUCUUCUGUUAUUCAUAGCUGGUUUGUUUAUUUGGUUUUUGGUUGAGAAAUGCGUCGCUUGUCAAAGUCUGAAAUCCGACUUCGGGUGGCAUCGUUUUCGUUUUUCACCUUGCUUGAUGCGUAAAAGAGGGUUUAAAAUCUCAAGCGGUUCUGGCCUUACUUGAUAGCUUUCAGGAGCUGCAUCUUGAAUGGUAAGCCUGAGUAAUUAUUGUAUUUGAUGUUUGUUUGUUAUAUCUAAUUUCAUGAAGUCGAGCACAGUUUCUGCGGCAAGUUUAUGCGCGUUUGUAAGAUUUGACACCUAGUAUCAGGUUUAAUAUAAGCUUACGCUGCUUACAGAACUUUAAAAAGCCUUUAGAUAUAUUUUCUCACCGCAAAUAGAAAGAAAACGUUCCGACGAAUAUUAGUUAUGAAUUUGACUGUAGGAAGAAAACUUUGAGCGAUUUUCUUGCCUCGAGUUUACCUUUGAGAAAAGCAAACACCGGGAGGCCGGCUUAAAACAUAAACUUAAGCUUUAAGCUUAAAGACUCAGAAUUUUUAGAGACACUUUGAUAGUUGUCUUCGUGAAUGAAAAUUGUUGUCUCUGUAACUGUUUCACCGAAUGAUAUUUCUUUUAUUGAUUGUUAGUAGUCUCUCUUGCAAUUUUAAUCGCUGUGCCGUUUGUUUUGAGUCGUUCAUACAUGACAUCGCUUGCACGAGUACUCAAAAUUCUGCGCAUAUCAAAUGCUUUUUAAGUUCACACAUCAUUAUAAAACCAUUAAAUAAAAAAGUAAACGUAAUAAAUUCUUUAUUAUGUUGAAGCGUAACUCUAUUAAUGUGUUCAUUCAAACACAGCAAUCAAACGUGUGAACCGAGUGGCCGUUUUUUUUAUAGGUGAUUUUGGAAUUUUUUUGAACGGUUUCGCUAAAAGUCCACAAUGAUUUGAUCGUCCUGAAUAUUAACUAAGUAUAAUUUGUCUUAAAAAAUUGUGAAAUACUGCAUUCUGUUCGAGGUCUGUAUGAUAAAUAGUACUGUUUCACCUCAGGUGUGAUGUAUAAAAAAGUAUAAAAGGUAGGUUUACACACCCCAAGAUUUGCUGGCAAGAUUUAAUUUGUAAAGUAAACUUGUCGAACGCAAAAAAUUCGGCCUGAUUUUUUUUCCGAGAAUUUGUUUUCCUGGCCUAAUUUGCUAUGAUCAAGAGCCAUUAUGGCUCUUGAAUGUGAUCGAAGAUGAUUGCUAGUUUUUAAGUGUACAAAUAAGGAUAUCAACUCGACGUAAGAUGUUUCACUCAAAAAUCACAAAGCCUUUCCCUCAAAAGUCACAUGAAUGUGCCCUUAAGUUAACUGAUUUGUUUUUUACAAGUUUAUUGUUUGAUUUAAAUUUUAAAUUUAUUAAUGGGAGCUUCGCUUUUAGCCCUGGCUAAAUCUGUAUAUUUAGGUUCUUGAAAUGUAAGUAUUGUAUUCACUAUCUCCUCUAUGCUGGGAAAUGCCCAUCUUUACUUUAUAUUUUUGUUUUAGAAAUUACAGCAAUACUUAACUACAGUUUGAUGCAUUAACAACAACAACAACAGCAAAAAUGUGUUGUAAGAAUUUAACCUAGGUAAUUACACUGACCCACAGGUAGCAAAUGCUACUCUAGGUAAGACAGACGAACAACUGAGGGUUAGCUGUUUUAAAUAAGCAUUAUUACAUUAAGACAGAGUUUAGGAAACGAUAACGUUAGAAAUGUGAGACAAAAAUCAGUUGAAACUUUAAAAACCUUAUUAUUUAGCCAGUCCGACUUUUUGUAUGAGGAUUGGUGUUUCUAAACAGUGAUUUUCCUCGAUUAAAAUAUCCAGGAGAAGUUGGCAAUUUCUCUUUUAACAUGAUUUCUUCUUGGGUAAAUGUUGCAAGCUAUACGGUAUCUCUUUCCACAGUUUUACGCCAAAUCUGAAAAAUGAACGCUUAUAUAUCUCUAAUCAAGAGCCAUGGCUCUUGCUCUAAUCUAGUACUUUGUACAUGUUGGAGUUAAUUUUUAUUUUUCUAUUGUUUUGGGGUAUGGUAAUGCAUGCUAAUGAAUUUUAAACAAAGGAAAAACAAAAAUUAAGAAACGGUCCAGAUAAGAACGGUAGCAACAACGGCAACGAACAUGUUGGAAUGCAAAAAAGGUGCUAACUUUACUAUUGUCUGUACUUACGUCUGAUUGGCUUAAACAGCAAAAGUUAACAAAACUUCAUAAAGCAGUACAUAUAUUCAUCCUUACUUUCCAACCAUCUUCCAUAUAACAAAAUCUGGUCUCAGUUUGAAUAACAAAGAAAUCCUAUGUGGGGAACAUGUAAAAUUGUAAACUUUUCUUGGCUAUUGUUUUCAACUCUUGUGAUUGGCCAAAAUCUUUUAAUACAAAAAACACCUUUCAAAGUAGAGUGUAAAUGUAUUUUAUUGGUUAAACGGCCUUCAUGUAGGUUUAUGCAUUCUCUGUGUAAAAAUGAGAACAUUCCUAUGUGGGGAAAGCACCGUUGCCUCAUAACAAAAGAAAUUGCUAUCCACCUUACCCGGAUCACUACUUAACUGAAAUAGAAAAUUAACUGCAACAUACAUAAAAAUUCCCGGAGGUGGAUGAUCCGUGUUGUAUGUGGUAUGCUGGUGGUUUUUUAAAAUAAUUUAAAAGAUAUUUAAAGGAGCGUUAUUAUCAUUAUUAUUGAUAUCAUACAUUAAGUUGGAAACAUACUUGUAAUAUAGGAACGACAGAGGCAGAAUAUUCGCAUUAACAAAAAGAGGAAUUGUGUGAUCGUGUCUAUCGCAAAAUAUAUCAUACAAAGGGCUCUUUUUUGAAGAAUUAACAGAUGCAUCUUCAAAGACUCGCCCCAGUCUCUGAAGUUAAUGUCCUUAACAGCGAGAGUCUGCAAUUAAAUAGUUGUAGUUUAGUUAAGUCAAACUUCUAUAAUUUAUUGCAGACAUUUGACUCCUUUCAUUCGGCUGCCGUUUCUGUGGGGUGUUUAUAAUAGAUAAUAAGUGUUCGCAAAGUGAGAGUUGACUCUCAAGUGAAAAGGCCGUGAUGUCUUCUCCACCAUUUGAAGUUAGUAUUUGUUUUUAUUUUUGCCCAGAUACAAACUCACAUUGACCCUGUGACAAAGUACAAGUUCUUCUACACUCUUUGAGGUCACUUUUGGAACCGUCCUUCAAGAUGUCAUCCAGUAGAUUGGGUGAAGGAUGUCGAAAAAUGUUUGAGUAUAAUAAUACGCAAGACAGAACUUUUAGAUGUGAUCAGUGCUCCAAGUAUUUUAAAUGUAAAGGAAAUCUACAGCAACACAAAAGAACCCAUACAGGCGAAAGACCUUUUAAAUGCAAUUAUUGUAAUAAGUGUUUUAGUCACAAAGGACAUCUCAAUGAACACAGGAGAAUUCAUACGGGUGAAAAACCUUUCCAGUGCAACCAGUGUGACAAGUGCUUUACUCGUGGAGCUGUUUUACGACAACACGCACGAACUCACACAGGAGAGAAACCAUUUCAGUGCAAUGUUUGUGGCAAGCGCUUUAAUCAGAAAGGUCUUCUGAACCAACAUGCAAAAACGUACUCAGGAUCGUGCCUCCUUAAAGAAGUGAAUUUUGGUGGAACAUCUCCUGGUGAAAAGAAAGUAAAAAAUUUUGUAUGCAACAACUGUGGAAAAAGCUUCAGAAACAAAGCAAAUCUCAACCAGCAUAAAAGAACUCACACGGGUGAGAAAGAGUUUAAGUGUGACCAUUGCCACAAGCGUUUUAGUCAUAAAGGACAUCUCAAUGAACACAAAAGAAUUCACACUGGAGAGAAACCGUUUAAAUGCAAUCAUUGUGACAAGUGUUUCAACCGAAAAGGUCUUCUAAAGCAGCAUCAAUUAACAUAUCACUUGCUGCAUUACCUUGGAAAAAUGCCGGUGACACUUCCAACGACAUUUGCAGUAGAAUGUUUGAGCAGAAAUCAUCCUGAAGGGGUUGAUCAGCAGACAGUAAGCCUACAGCAGAGUAAAAGAAUUGAUAAGCAACAGCAAGCAUUGUGCGGCAACCAUGGUACAGACUUAGAAACACAAGUGGAAACUAUAACCAGUACCAAUAAAGAAGUUGUAUUGGCAGAAGAGUUGUGUAAGUAUUGGUGGGAUUUUGCAUUUGGUCAUUUUGUAAGAAACUUUAAAUUUUUUCGCUAUCAUUUUGUGGUACAAUAUGCGAGCCAGCGAGGCAUGCGAGGUAGACGUGCAAGGUAUGCGAGAUAGACUUGUGAGGCAUGAAGAAAACGUGCGAGCCGUGAACCAAAUACUAAGGCAGAGCUGCACCAAACACGUAUGGAAGUGGUACCGGUAGUCGUUGGUGCACUCAGUGCAGUCAGCAAAAGAUUGAAUACAUGGCUUGACAAGCUGAGGAUUACCAUUAAUACGGGUUUGCCGCAGAAAACAGCUUUGUUGGGAAGAACAAGGAUCUUUAAGGAAGGUAUUGGAAAGUUGAAGGAGAAGAGCUAAUCCAAGGGAUCUUUGGCCAUUGGCUAUGGCUCCCUCCCUUGGUGUAAUGUCGGUACAACAUCCACCAGAGCUGAAGCAUUUCGUUUAUGAUAAUAAUAAUAUGUCACGGUUAAACAGUCGUUUAUUGAUCGUCAAAUUGUCGGAUGCCAGUCAUUCUCUCGUAGUUAGUUUUGCUUGAGUCUGUCAAUAAGUCGUUUGUACGGUGCCAGUAAUUGUUAACUGCGAUCACCCAGACCAUCAUAUUCAACCUACUAAUGAAAUGACUCUUGGGUUCAAAUCUUUCCCAGUUUUAUGGUGAUUAAGUUAAGAAAAUAAUUAGGGCUUGACCGUAUAGGCACUUAAAUGUAAGGAGUAUAAUUUAAGCCUAUGUAAAGCCAAUGAAGGUGGUAAAGCAAGGGUGAAACGAUCUUGGUGAUUCUGUGACUAAUCCAGCCGCGGCAUUCUGUAUUCGUCGGAGUUUAAACAACGUCUGAGAAAAACUUUAAGGAGCCCCCCUUCAUAUCAUAUUGCAAGGGAAAAACUCUUUCAGGGUCAAUAGAGAGUUUACGAUUUGCAGGAGUCAUCCAAAAUCUUUUUUUAAUGAGUUGGUGUUGCCUCGCGUAUUUUCAGAUGCCUUGCAUGUCUGUUUCGUAUGGCUCGCUGGCUCACACAUUGUGCAUCCCCAAGGUAAGACACUCUAAAUAAAAUAAUUUUUUUUAUUUGAACAGGCCAAGAGAGCAUUGGCGUGUUGCCUUCUUCCUUGCAAAGGUUGGAAACACCUGAAUAUGCCACUAUUAACGAAAUGCACAAAGGUCAAGAAGAAAACACAGAGGACAAACAAUGGUUACCUUCUAUGGAAGAUGUUUUAGGAGAAACUGAAAUCCCUCACACAAGGGUGAAACGUUUUGAGUGUAAGCAGUGUGGUACAAGGUUUAGCCUGAGAGGACAGCUUAAACAACACAAAACAACCCACGCAGGUGAAAAGCGUUUUGAAUGCAAUUUCUGUUUGAAGCGUUUUAGUCACAAAGGGCAUUUUAAUGAACAUAAAAGAAUUCACACAGGAGAAAAACCAUUUAAAUGCAACGAAUGUGAAAAAUGUUUCAACCGAAAAGGACUGCUCAAGCAACAUCAGAAAUUAACACAUCAGCAGUUCAAGGGUGACACAACUGUACAGGCUGGAAAUAUACAGUCAAACAAAUAUGUAGAUAAAUGGCAGGAGUCGUUGAUGUGCACCUUUGGUGACAAGUCCAAAGAUCAAGUGGUAAUUGCAAAAAAGGAAACCAAGACAACAAAUAAGACAACUAAUGAUCAAAGUAAGUACACUCAGCUCUCUUCUAGCGACCCCUUCUCAUUUGCGACCACCUCACCGACACGUAAGCAACCACUUUGUAAAUAACCGUUUCGUUUCUCAGUCGAAUACUGUUUCAAAAGCUCUCUUGAGAGCGACCACCCGGCAUAAUUAACUCGAAUGUCACAAAAGUUCAGGCCCCGGUUGUUCAAACGUUGGAUAGCACUAUCCACCGGAUAAAUCACUAUCCAGCGGAUAAGUAUUACGGAAAUAAAUUACGCUAUCCGCUGGAUAAUGAUUUAUCCGGUGGAUAGCGCUAUCCAACUUUUGAACAACCUAGGCCUGUUGUUUAAAUAACGCUGACCAAGCGCGCUGACAGAAUACGGAAACAAAAAAGAUGGCUGUGAUACGAUCUGUGAAUUUCCAACAGCAGUUCAAGGAUUAUUCGAUGUGAAACAUUAUUGUCAGUCGUCUAUUUGUCUGUUCUUCGCUUUUAAGGUAAUAACUUAAUGCUAUUACUUUAAUCAAGUCAGUUGGAGCUUAUUUUCUUGAUUUUUCCCUUAGACGACCACCUCCCUUAAGAAACCACUUUGUGAGUAAGUGUGAGCACACUGGC